AUGAACUGGGACGGAGUGACUAUUUGCAAACUACUAUCAAUGUCGACAGAAAGCGCCAUGGAUGGAUGGGUAUGCAAGGCAAGGCAAGGACCAGACACGUUAACCAAGACUUGCAAAAAAGGGUCAAUGGUUGGGUUCCUAAUUGGCUCGUUCAACUCAGAGGGGGUUAUUAAUUACUGGUUUUGCCAUACUUUGCCUCUUCCGCAGGACGCCGGUUUGGAUUUGGGCAGGCCUACUCAAUUACUUAGGAUGGAUGCUCCCCUUUUGUCCAAUGUGGAAGAGAAGCAAAAUUAUCGGCGGAUUGUGCAAAAAGAAUCCCCAGGUACUUAUUAA